AUGGAGCAACUGGGCAAGGACUUGCAGCUCCACAUUCUGCGUGAAAUGGAUGUGCAGAGCGUGCUGUCGCUGGGCGCCUGCAACAAGGACUGGCAGCAGCUGGCUGGCGGCGAGGAGGCGCUGUGGCGGCACCUGUGCCAGCGAGACCAGGCCUCGCUGAGGGGCCACCACUCCGAGCUGCGCAGCAGCGGGGCCAGCUGGGCGCAGGCCUACCGCUCCGCCCACCGCCUGCAGGGCCUGCGGCGCCUGGUGUGGGACCGCCAGGAGCGGCUGGCGGGGCGGCCGCCGCGGGGGCGCGAGGGCCACGCCGCGUGCAGCUGGGGCCGCGCCUCCAUGCUGCUGAGUGGCGGCUUUGGCGGCGGCGUCAUCUCAGACCUCCACCUGCUCACCCCGCAGCCCCACGCCGCGGGAGGGGGCUACCGCUGGGUCCAGCCGCGGGUGGCGGGGCGCUUCCCGGUCUAUCGCUAUGGACACACGCUGACCCGCUGCGGCCCGGAGGGGGAGCUGGCGGUGCUGUUUGGCGGCCUCAUGGCCGGCGGCUACCAGGCACCACUGGAUACGAUUGCGGUGCUGCGCCGCACGCCGGGGGCUGCCGACGCGGAGGCCACCGCAGCCGCUUCAACCGCCGGCGCCGCCGCCGCGGCUGGCGCGGGUCCCAGCCAGCGGGAGGAGCACACUUCGCUGGGGCUGAGCCUGGGGCGCGGCGCGGGCGGUACCUGGUCUCAGGUGCUGUGGGCCCAGAUGCUGCGGGACCACGAGGAGGCGGAGGGGUAUGAGGAGGAUGAGGAUGAGGAUGAGGAUGAGGGCGAUGAGGAGGAGGGCUUUGAGAGCGAAGAGGAUGUGGAUGCGGUGAUGGGUUCGGAUGAUGAGAUGGAGACAGAGGAGGAGGAAGGGGAUGAGGAUGAGGAAUGGGUGCCCGGCGGCGCCAGCGCCGAGCACCCGGCCUCCAUGCCUGCGCACGCUGUGCACGCUGGGGUGGCCCCCGCCAUGGCCACCGGGCUGGCAAGCAGCGGCCACGCCCUGGGCGAGAUCAUGGCACGGCUGCAGGACGUCGCCGGCGAGCAGGGCGCUGCCGCUGCCGCGGCGGGGCAGGGGCAGGAGCAGGAGUGGGUGGCUGAGGGGCAGUACGAGUGGUGGUAUCCCGAGGUGGGCGGCGAGGCGCCGGGCGCGCGCGGCUACCACAGCGCCGCCGCCUCCGAAGACGGGCGCCAGAUCUGGUACUUUGGCGGUAUCGCGGAGCGGGGCGCCUCCAGCUCGCUGGCCGUCCUGGAUGUCGCCACCUGGCAGUUUAGCUGCCCCGUCACCAGCGGCGACCCGCCGCCGCUGCGCCUGGGCCACUCGUCGUGCGUGCACGGCGGGCGGCUGUGGGUGGUGGGCGGCGGCAGCGGGCGCGACCUGCUGCGCAGCGGGCGGGACCUGGCUGACGUGUACUGCCUGGACCUGGGCACAAUGGAGUGGCGGCGCGUGCCCGUGUCGGGCUCGCCGCCGCUGUGCGCGGGCAAGUGCCACGCGUCUGUGCUGGUGGGCAGCCGCCUGCUGUUCUUCGGCGGCUCCAUGCACACCUGCAACGAGCUGGCCUGGCUGGACCUGGAGGCGCGGGCCUGGGGGCGGCCGCAGGCGCUGCUGGGCGCGCCGCCCUGCGAGCGCAUGUCGGCCACGGCGGUGCUGGCGGGCGGCGGCGACGUGCUGGUGUACGGCGGCUACGGCUUCCACUCCAGAGAGAUGGGAGACCUACACCGCCUGAAGCUGCUGCCCAGCGGGCGGGAGCUGGCGGCGAUGGAGGCGUGCGGGGGCGGCGCCGCUGGGCCGGCCGCCCGCGCCGUUGAGCGCUUCACCUGCUGGCGCGGCUUCUGGAGGUGA